GGGUUGCUCUGUGAUGAAUAAUCUAAUGAAGACAAAAUCGUACACAGGGCAAUUGUAAAGACAAUAUGAAAUUUUCAUGCAAACGGUGGACGACGGCUUUUCGGCUUUGAAAGCCGAGACAUUUCUUUUUUUGAGAAGCCGCAAUGGUGAGAAAAAUUUGGAUUUAAAGCAGAUGACAGACCUUUGCGGUUUUUUUCCCCUCUUCUCUACAAGUGGCAGUCGACCACCUGUAUUAUGUUUAGUUCAGGCUUUUUUUUAGCGGCUUUGGCCGUUGGUGCGGCUCUCGUUCAUCAGUACUUGUCCAAAGGCCCUUAUAUCCCAUGGACAUGUGCCUUGUUCGAAUACAAAUGCCCUCGAGACAUACCAUUCUCUGGUUUCGCCCAACUCGAAUAUGCGGACGUGUUUGCUAAGUUUCAAGAGAACUUUAACCGAGGUCGUGAAGUGGGCGCUAUGGUGACAGCUUACGUGGAUGGGGAACUGGUGAUCGAUGCCUACGGUGGAUGGCAAGAUGCAAAGAAACGGAUUCCUUACACCAACGAAACACUCCAACUUAGCUGGUCCAGCACGAAAAUGCUUAGCGCCAUCAUUGUUGCACAGUAUGUCGAAAAGGGACUUUUGUCUUACGAUGAAAAAAUCGCUACCUAUUGGCCGGAAUUCGCCCAAAACAAUAAGAGCGACGUCACGUUGGGCGAUCUGAUGCAACAUGCCGCCGGAGUGAGUUGGCUUGACGAACCGUUAUCAGCUGCGGUCGCCGCCGAUUUGGACCAACUGGCGAUUGUUUUAGCGAAACAGCCUCACAACUUUGGUGGCGUACGCACGCGAGGUUAUCAUGCAGUGACACAAGGAUGGUGUAUUAAUGAAAUCAUUCGCCGGGUUGACCCAGCACAUCGAACCAUCAACGAUAUCGCUGCCGAGCUUAAUAAGGUCUACAAUAUUGAAUGGUACCUCAAGCCGCAUGAGCCCAAAUUCGAUCGACGCAUUGGUCCACACUAUAAACCUUCGCCCUUCUACCGAAAAAUGCGACAAUGGGCCAAAAGUCUUGGGCUUAACCUUUAUGACGAUGCGGAUUCAACCGUAACGGUAGACUAUGACCUCAUUUACAGGGCAGCAGGUAUCUCCAUGCCGGAUCAAGUGGCGCAUACCGAAAUGUGGAAGAUACGCCACGUUGAAGGUCCUGCCUACAACGGCUACACCAAUUCACGCUCCAUGGCGAAACUGGCUGCAAUGAUGGCCAAUAAGGGCCACGCUAUAGUGAAAGGCGAGCCGGACCUUUUGAACGAGAAAACGUGGACAGAAGCCAUGAAGCCGGUCCCUGUGGAUGUAGAUGUCCUGCUUAACGGAGCUCCUUCGCCAAGUCUUCGAGGUGGAUUUGGCAUCGGACCGGGCCAAACCAUUGAUGGCGUUGUCUUUGCAGGCUGGGAAGGGAAUGGUGGCAGUAUCUUUUGGUGGAAUGAAGAAUACAAGAUUGGCGUCGGCUACACCAUGAAUGCAAUGAUCGAUGGUGUGCCGCCCGAUUACCGAAGUACUGAAUUGGUACGCCUUUUAGUCAAACAUGUAAAGGAGAAGAAGAAGAAUAGCGUGUAAAAUUCCAAAUGAUCUCUGAAUAUAAGGUUGCCUUCUUUCUUGCGUUGCUGAAAUUUGCAAUGGCUCUUUCUUACAGUUCAUUAUUUUCGCUUGUCAUUGAUGGCAGAGUUGCAUCCAAAUUUUUUAUUUUAAGC